UCAGCCACCCUCCCCCGAGCCGGCUCCGGGAGCAGCCGCAGCCGCGGCGAGCGGGGAGCGAGAAGGGCGCCGGGACCUCUGGCCAGCAGCAUCCUCAGCCCUCGCCUGCAGCUGGCCGGGCUGGCGAGAGGAUGAGGAGAGAUGGGCCAAGCUUGCGGCCACUCCAUCCUGUGCCGGAGCCAGCCCUACCAGCCGGCCGCGUCUGACAUACGGGGCCAGCAGGUUUUCCUGAAGGCGGAGGAGACGCUGCCCAGCUCCGAGGCGCUACAGGAUGCCUUACUGAGUCUGGGCUCCGUGAUCGACGUCGCCUGCCUCCGGGAGGUCAUCAAAGAUGCCAUUACGUCCGUGCUCCCCAAAGUGGAGCAUGUGUACGUCUACCUGCUGGACGGAGAAGCCAGGCUGACCUGCGACGACCCUCCCCACGAGCUGCCUCCCGAGGGAAAAAUCAGGGAUGCCGUCCUCAAGCAGAAGCUGGUGGGAUGCAAUGGGCUGCCCCAGUCGGAGCUCCAGGGCAAACCGAUGGACAGCCUGGCGGCACCUUUGCCUCCUGAAAAACAAGUGUUGAUAAACCCGCUGGUGGACAAGGACUCGGGGGAGGUGGUCGCUGUCAUCCUGGUGCACUGCGGGCGGCUGAGCGAGUCAGAUGAGCAGAACCUGCGGGUGCUGGAGCAGCAUAUCCUGGUGGCGUACCGGCGUGUCCAAACCCUCCAGAAACUGCAGCCCUGGCCCCAGGUCAGCCUGUCCACCAGCUCAUCCCAGAAUUCCCUGGCCAGGACCGAGAGGGCAGCGCACAGCGGCUACAGCGACCUGGACCGCAAGAUACUGCAGCUGUGUGGGGAGCUGUACGACCUCGACGCGGCCUCGCUCCAGCUCAAGGUCAUUAACUAUCUGAAGCAGGAGACCCAGUCCCCCUGCUGCUGCCUCCUGCUGGUCUCGGAAGAUAACCACCAGCUCUUCUGCCAGGUCGUGGGAGAUAAAGUGCUGGAAGAGGAGAUCAGCUUCCCUCUGACGUUUGGGCGCCUGGGGAAGGUGGUAGAGGAGAAGAAAUCCAUCACCCUACAGGACAUCAGCGUGGAGGAACACAAGCAGCUUCACAACAUGCUGGGAUUCGAGGUGACCUCCAUGCUGUGCGUGCCGGUCAUUAGCCAGGCCACCUCCCAGGUGGUCGCCUUAGCCUGCGCUUUCAACAAGCUGGGCGGAGAGAGCUACACGGAGGCCGACGAGCACAGAAUCCAGCACUGCUUCUGCUACACCUCCACCGUCCUGACCAGCACGCUGGCCUUCCAGAAGGAGCAGAAACUGAAGUGCGAGUGCCAGGCGCUCCUGCAAGUGGCUAAGAACCUGUUUACGCACUUGGAUGACGUGUCAGUGCUGCUCCAGGAGAUCAUCACGGAAGCCCGGAAUCUCAGCAACGCCGAAAUAUGCUCCGUUUUCCUGCUGGACACGUUCAGCCAUGAGCUGGUGGCCAAGGUGUUUGACGGGGGUGUGGUGGAUGAUGAGAGCUACGAAAUCCGCAUCCCAGCGGAUCAGGGCAUCGCGGGUCACGUGGCAACGACGGGGAAGAUCCUCAACAUCAAAGACGCCUAUUCCCACCCGCUCUUCUACCGGGGCGUGGACGACAGCACCGGCUUCCGGACCCGAAACAUCCUAUGCUUCCCCAUCAAGAACGAGAGCCAUGAGGUCAUCGGGGUGGCGGAGCUGGUCAACAAGAUCAACGGGCCUUGGUUCAGCAAGUUCGACGAGGACCUGGCCACGGCUUUCUCCAUCUACUGCGGGAUCAGCAUCGCCCACUCGCUGCUCUACAAGAAGGUCCACGAAGCCCAGUACCGAAGCCACGUGGCCAACGAAAUGAUGAUGUACCACAUGAAGGUCUCGGAUGAGGAAUACAAAAAGCUGCUCAGCGACGGGAUCUGCCCCGUGGAAAGCAUCGACUAUCGCUUCGCCGAUUUCACCUACACGCCGCGCUCGCUGCCCGAGGACGACACGCCCAUGGCCAUCCUGAGCAUGCUGCAGGACAUGAACUUCAUUAACAACUACAAAAUGGAUCGCCAGACGCUAGCCAGGUUCUGCCUGAUGGUGAGGAAGGGCUACCGGGACCCGCCCUAUCACAACUGGAUGCACGCCUUCUCCGUCUCCCACUUCUGCUACCUGCUCUACAAGAACCUGGAGCUGGUCAAAUACCUGGAAGACAUUGAGAUCUUCGCCUUGUUCAUCUCCUGCAUGUGUCAUGACCUGGACCACAGAGGCACCAAUAACUCUUUCCAGGUGGCUUCGAAAUCCGUCCUGGCGGCGCUCUACAGCUCCGAGGGCUCCGUCAUGGAGAGACACCACUUCGCACAGGCCAUCGCCAUCCUGAACACCCACGGCUGCAACAUCUUCGACCACUUCUCCCGCAAGGAUUACCAAAGGAUGCUGGAUCUGAUGAGGGACAUUAUUCUGGCCACGGAUCUCGCUCACCAUUUGCGGAUCUUCAAGGACCUGCAGAAGAUGGCGGAAGUGGGCUACGACCCGGAGAACAAGCAGCACCACAGCCUGCUGCUCUGCCUGCUCAUGACCUCCUGCGACCUCUCGGACCAGACCAAGGGCUGGAAAACCACCCGGAAGAUCGCUGAGCUGAUCUACAAGGAGUUCUUCUCCCAGGGAGAUCUGGAGAAAGCCAUGGGCAACCGCCCCAUGGAGAUGAUGGACCGGGAGAAGGCCUACAUCCCCGAGCUGCAGAUCAGCUUCAUGGAGCACAUCGCCAUGCCCAUCUACAAGCUGCUCCAGGACCUGUUCCCGAGAGCCGCCGAGCUGUACGAGAGGGUGGCCAGCAACCGGGAGCAGUGGACCAAAGUGUCUCACAAAUUCACCAUCAGGGGCCUCCCCAGCAACAACUCGCUGGACUUCCUGGACGAGGAGUACGACCUGCAGGGGAUGGACAGGGAGAGCCCCAAGAUGAACGGCUGCCUGGACACAGAGGGGCACAUGGAGACGGUGGCGCAGUGAGGUUCUCCUCACUGCGGCGGGGGGGAGGGGCGUGACAGAUCGACAAACCCAGCGACUCUUUGUCCCUUUUCUCCUGGAUCCAAAGGAAAGAGGGAGCCGGUUUUGAGAAAUCCUUAUUUGUCCGGUGCGUUCUCUACAGUCCCGGUCCCCCCAGGCCGUGCCUAGCCCCGCGGGUGAGACGGCGGCUCUGAUUCAGGACACUCACCCACCUGCUCUCGUGGAUGCCGGGGAGGGGGGGGCGUUAUUCCUUGGACUCCUUUUGCUGUACAUUGAAAUGAACCCCGCUUCCCCCCGCCCCUUCUGUACGGGUACCGGCGCCGUUCAGUGGCUCCAGGGCUCAGUGUCCGGGCUAGGAACGGAAGGGAGUUCGCCAGGGCCGGGGAGAGCGUGUGCUUUGAGAAGGCCUGAGGCUGCCCUUCCCCCCUGAGCACAGCUGCCCUCGCUUCCCAGACCAGGAUCUCAGCCUCGAACUUCACGGGCUGAUCGACAUGGAGGACUUUUGCCGCUGGCUGCUUCGGGAGUGGGGGAGAGGUUUUCCCA